AUGGACAUGCAAAUUAUAUUCGAGAUGACCUGGCCAUCGCCACGGAGUAUAUUAUUGGCGUCUUUGACUGCUGUCUUUGCCGUGCACCUGUGGCGCAGGAUCAGGCGGAACUGCGAUGUAUACAGCCCGCCUGGACCCUUCGCUUGGCCGGUCAUUGGGAACGCAAUAGAGGUUGGCAAAACUCCUCACCUCUAUUUCUCUCGCAUGGCACGGAAAUAUGGGGAUGUCUUUCGAAUCAAACUUGGCUGCCGGGACGUUGUGGUGCUGAAUGGCGACGCAAUCAGGCAGGCGCUCAUCAAAAAGGGAUUUGAUUUCGCAGGCAGACCGGACUUUACUUCUUUUCAAUACGUUUCCAAUGGCGAUGGCAUUGCUUUUGGAAAAUUCAGCGAAUGGUGGAAAGUGCACCGAAAAGUAGCCCAAUCUACUGUUCGGAUGUUUUCCAAUGGCAACAUGAACUCCAAAAAGACCUUCGAAAACCACGUUGUCUGCGAAGUUAGGGAGCUGCUCCGUCUUUUCCUGGGAAAAACGCAAGAGCACAAAUAUUUCCAGCCGAUGACAUACUUGGUGGUAUCAACAGCUAACAUAAUGACCGCCGUGUGCUUUGGAAAGAGGUAUUCCUACGACGACGCAGAGUUUGCGCAAGUUGUGGGACGAAAUGAUCAAUUCACCCAAACAGUAGGGGCUGGGAGCAUCGUUGAUGUGAUGCCUUGGCUCCAGUAUUUUCCCAACCCAAUAAAAACUAUUUUUGACAAUUUUAAAGAGCUCAACCGGGAGUUCAGUAAAUUUAUCGUUACUAAGGUUGCCGAGCAUCGAAAGACCAUUCAGCCAAGCACAAUCCGGGACAUGACAGAUGCUUUCAUCAUGGCAUUGGACCAUUCUCAGGACAGCUCGCCCGGAGUCUCACCAGGCAAAGAUUAUGUGCCACCUACUAUUGGUGAUAUUUUUGGAGCAAGCCAAGAUACACUGUCUACUGCACUCCAAUGGAUCAUUCUGAUACUUGUGAGGUUUCCUCAUAUCCAGCUGCGUCUCCAAGAGGAAGUGGACAAAGUGGUCUACCGGAGCCGUCUGCCCACCAUCGAAGACCAGUCUCAGUUGCCUUACGUGAUGGCCUUUAUCUACGAGGUGAUGCGGUUCACCAGCUUUGUGCCUCUCACCAUUCCCCACAGCACCAUCACCGACACUACCAUCAUGGGCUACACCAUCCUCAAGGACACAGUGAUCUUCAUCAACCAGUGGUCCAGCAACCACGACCCGGCCAGGUGGACACAACCAGAGACCUUUGACCCCCUGCGCUUCCUGGACCAGGACAGCUCUUUGAACAAGGACCUGGCCAGCAGUGUGCUCAUCUUCUCCUUGGGAAAGAGGCGGUGCAUCGGAGAGGAGCUGUCCAAGAUGCAGCUGUUCCUAUUUACUGCACUGCUGGCACACCAGGCCCACUUUAGUCCCGACCCGGACGAGCUGCCCACCAUUGACUACACCUAUGGGCUGACCCUGAAGCCCAAUAACUUCUCCAUAGCAGUAAAUCUACGGGACAGCAUGGACGUCUUGGAGGAGGCUAGCCAAAAGCCCUUCUAUGGGGAGACCCAGGAGGACACAGGCAACUCCAGAUCAGACUGAGAAUAUAGUUGCUAGAAGCAUUACAAAAACGGUAAAUGAAGCUUUUAAGAAGUAGAUUCAUGAACUGAAAUUCGUCCUCAUGUGCUAUCAGGUAUCAGCUACUAUAUAGUUAAAAAUGUAUUUAUGAACUGAACACUCAGGCAAAAUACCCUUCAUAUACAUCUAUAUUUCUUUGUUCUACAGGUAAUCACUCAUAUGACUAUGGCUCACAAAAAUGCAACUUUUAAAGAUGGUUUUCAAUAGGUUAUUGCACUGAUGUUUGUAUAUCUUUCACUGGAACACGUCAGAACAUAAGAAAGUGUGCAGUGUUCAUCUGAGGGCGAUGGCGUGUUCUUUUACACUUGUUUGCCACUUCAUUUGACUGUAUUUACUGGAAUAUUGACCAAUUGGAGUUGAUUCAGUCAUUUUACUUGCACCCACCACCUCAGAGAGUACUGUGUGUACCUUUUAUGGCCCAAAUUAUCUCCCAACAAGGUCAAUAUGAUACAGAGAGAAUCUUGAUUUAUGUAAAUAUAGGUAAGUAGGUAGAUAGUAAUACCAACCUUAUACUAUUAAAAACAAUAGUUAUGUUUUAAGUGACAUGGUGUUGGUAAUUCUAAUGAGCAGCCCUACCCUAAAUUUGACAUAUGCACUAAGGUUUUACAGAAAACUCAGAUUAUUGUGCUUUUUUUUUUUUUUAUGUCAACUUUAAAAAAACAAAAUAUGGCAACCGGCUCUCAUCAAGGCAAAGGGUGGCUACUUUGAAGAAUCUAAAAUCUAAAAAACAUUUAUCACUUUUCUUUAUCACUUUUUUGAUUACUACAUGAUUCCAUAUGUGUUCUUUCAUAGUUGUG